AUGAUUGGUCAAAACGAUUUCAAAUCAUUAAUGAUCUUCGAUCUGUCAUUGAAACUUUGGAAAUUCUUAGAGUUACCAAAUGGAUCUUACAUUUCUUCUGCUGGAAAAAAGCACAAGCAAACUUUGCUGUUGGAUGUACUAAAAGCUCUGAAAAGAAAAGGUGGAUUUCAUGGGAUAAAAUAUAUAUCACAUGCAAGAGUCCCAAUCUUGAAAUGUGAUAGCAACAAGGACAAUAUCUCUUGUGAUAUUUCCAUCAACAAUUUGACUGGUCAAAUGAAGUCUAAAAUGUUGUUUUGGAUAAACGAAAUUGAUGGGCGUUUUCGUGAUUUGGUUUUGAUUGUCAAAGAAUGGGCAAAAGCACAUGGUAUUAAUGAUCCUAAAACCGGGACUUUAAAUUCUUAUUCCCUUAGCUUACUCAUCAUAUUUCACUUUCAGACUUGCGAACCUGCUAUUCUACCUCCUUUAAGUGAAAUUUACCAAGGGAAUAUGGCUGCUGACCUUUUCGGUGUGAGAGCUGUUGCUGAAAAAAACAUUGAAGAUGCAUGUAGUUUGAGCAUAAACAGGAUUAAAUCAGACAAGUCAAGAAGGGUUAACAGAAGCUCGUUAGCAGAUCUUUUUCUUUCAUUUCUUGAGAAGUUUUGUGACAUUAAUGUGAGGGCAUCAACACAAGGGAUUAGUCCGUAUAAUGGACAAUGGGAAGAUAUUGAUAAAAAUAUGAUAUGGCAGCCCAAAACUUACGCACUAUUUAUCGAGGACCCGUUUGAGCAACCGAUGAAUUGUGCAAGGGCUGUAGGGCACAGAAAUUUGAUGAAAAUUGCACAGGUGUUUCAAAGCAGCUAUGAGAAGCUGACUUCUCCUAAUCUGACCCAUCCACUUGCUGUUCUUGUGAGGCCUGAAGUUUUGAGUAUUAUGUCAAGAUCUCAAGUUCCAAGCUUUGUUGGUGGUGUCAAUGGCAUGAAUCUGGGCCCACAUGUUCAAAGAAACCCUGUUGGUGCACAGAGGAGGAGGUGUAUAUCCUCGUGGUGCACGUGCACCCGGACAGCAACAACCUUUUAUGUAUCAGAACAUGAUGAAUCCGAGACCUUUGGUGGGAAGUCAAAGUCAAAGUCAAGUUCAAAGGAAUGUGAACCAGAGACCAACAACAACGGGGCAGUCUUCUUCUCAAAGUCAACAACAAGUUCAUCAGAUAUGGAGGCCAAGAUCAGAGAAAUAGUUGAGAGUGUUUUUGGGAAAAGAGAUUUUGAGAUGGUUUGGUUUGGUUUGGUUUGA